AGAAGUUACGACAUUUUUUGGUUCUGAAGCAACAACGGGAGCUCGCUUGCUGUGAAGAACUCAAACGCCAUGGCCACUUAUCGGAUUGCCGCUGCCAUCAAGCGCUCCGUCAGUGAGGAAUUCCUCUUGGUCCAGCAAGAUCCUCCACCAGCAUUGGAGGAGGAUGAGUACCAACACUAUGUAGACUCCAAUCUCUGGGACUUACCUUCGGCCCCGCUGAAGCCUUUGGAAGGAGAACACCAGUCAAAAGAAGUGAUUGUUGGGGGUGAUGCUCUGCUCGAUGAGCUCGAUCUUAGAACGUUCAAUAUCGACUCAGCUUUAGCUCAGAUUGCAUCUCAAGUAGGAAGAGUUGCAACAAUCUGCAGAAGCUGGUCUUUGUUGAAAUAUGUAGAAGAAGCUGACUUUGGACCUGACUCCCCUGUUAAAACACUCUUUAUUCUAGGAACCCCGACACAGGGAGAUGAAGAUUUUUCAGACUCUUGUAAGUGGAUAUCCAAAGAUCGUGUCGCUAACUCAUCAAGUGAUGAUCGAAUUGGACUUCUCACAAUCAUUGGACUUCUUGAUGGUCCAGAUGAAUCUAGAAAGCCGCAGCUGCCUAGCGUCUUUCUCAGUCAUUCCAUUCAAGAGUACCCUACAGGCAUCAUGGUUAUACCAAUGAAGAGUAGAACACAAAAACCAUUCUCAACAACAAAUCUAGUUCUAAUUGUAGCUGAGGAUGAAACCAGUAAAUCUGAGGACUCUGACAUUAUUAAAUAUGGAGAUGCUCUUCUAGUGGAUCCUGGAUGCUCUAUUCAAUACCACCCUGAUCUGGAAGAUCUUGUUAAAGCUCUUCCCAGAAAACUACUUGUUUUUCUCACUCAUCAUCAUUAUGAUCAUGUUGAUGGUCUUUCAGUUAUCAAUAAAUGCAACCCUGAUGCUAUUUUGUUGGCUCAUGAGAAUACUUUGCGGCGAAUCGAUAAAGCAAAUUGGUCUCAUGAAUCUCUUGCGAUUUCCGGCGGCGAGAAGAUACAGAUAGGCAAUAAAAAACUGGAAGCAGUUUUUUCACCUGGACAUACUGAUGGCCACAAUGCCCUUCUCCAUUUGAAUUCAAAAUCUCUCAUAGUAGGUGAUCAUUGUGUUGGUCAAGGAAGUGCUGUUCUUGACAUCACAAGUGGUGGAAAUAUGAAGGAUUAUUUUCAAACAACUUACAAUUUCUUGGAUCUUAAACCAAGCGUUUUGAUCCCCAUGCAUGGGAGAAUCAAUUUAUGGCCUCAAAGGAUGCUAUGUGGAUAUCUAAAGCAUAGAAGAGAGAGAGAAUUCAAAAUUCUAAGAGCCAUUGAAAAUGGAGCAAAAACUUUGUAUGAUAUUGUUGCAGAUGUUUAUGCAGAUGUAAGUGUCAGAUUGUGGAUUGCAGCUUCAUCAAAUGUGAGGCUUCAUGUUGAUCAUCUGGCUUACCAAGGUAUGUUGCCUAAGGAUUUCAGUUUAGAUGAUUUCAAUGCUAGCUAUGAUGAUUUUAUCAAAAAGAUUUCUACUUUGAACUUAGGGAUAUAAAAGUAUAUUUUGGUGUAAGUUUUAUUGGAAUAAAAAAAAAAAAAAACAUUUCUAUUUGGCAAAAUUAUUAGAAAAAUAUGUACCAUAUCAUGCAAUAUAUCAUGGUGAAGAUGUUAGUCAUAAUAUAUUUGUGUUUUUUGU